CUGGUUUCAUCGCGCAAUUAUCCAUACGUGUACGGUGUAUUCUCUAAUUGAACUUGCGUAUGAGUAUACGUGAACUCACAUAUGAAUAUUGCGAUAAUUGAAGAGAUAAAAAUAACAGUAAUUUGGUCCAACUUUUUAUGUGAUACUAAUAUGUCCAUUCAGCGAUGUAGCCUUACUAAGGGACUGCUCAUCCUGCUAAUCAUUGCCACAUAUCAUCAAAAUUCCAAUUGCGAUGCCCAUGUUUCAAUACAUCAGCGGUCAGCUGAAGAGGAUUACUUUGCAAAUGAUAUGGAACAAGACACAACUAAGCAGUUAUUAGUACCAAAAGACCAUAAACUCGUCGAACGGCUACCCUUAAACAUUUUGCAGAAAUAUACAUCCUACAAGGAUGUUUCCAUAUUACAUUUUCGCGUUCCACAAGAUACUCGAACAGCUGCCUUCGCUUUCAAAGCUUACGAAGAAACCAAAAGCUCUUUUCGUCCGAAAUGCAAACCAAAAAGUGUGGAGGUUCAUCUUAAACCAAAAAGUUAUCCUGUAAUCAGUCCGGAAAAUAUUACGUUUCCAAAAUAUUUUCUACCCGCUGAGCAAAGAUGUAAAGCAUACAGCCUACACUUUCAAUCUAACGAAGAGCAACAACAUAUUUUGAUAGACAGUCCAAACUUUGGAGACUGGUACGCUGUAGCCUUUAUAAGUUGGACAGACCCUAACAACGAUCGCAUUGAACAGCAAGGGUUGGCAUCAUCUUGUGAUACAUUUCUCUUAGCAGAGUUGUCCAUUUUGCGUUCUCUACCACCUAUUUUGUAUGAUGGUCUUGUUCAAAAUGACGUGUUAACGUUGUGCAAUGACAGCAACACCGACCACGGAAGUGAAAUUAUAUACAAAUUCUAUGCUCCAAGAUAUAUUGAAUCGGCAACAGCUGUUUUUUCCAUAGCGGAAGAUUGUAAUGAAUGUCCAGCCAUUGCGUUCAGUAUUCAAUCAAAUGCCUUUCCGAUGUCAAUUAACAACGACAAUGAAUCUGAGGCAGAGUGUUCCGUACAAAAACUUCACGUAAUAAAGCCGAACGAAGCAGAAGACGUAACUUUAAAUUUUUAUGUGCAACCAGAAUCGUGGCAUUAUAUACGACUGGAAUUUUUUAAAAACAAAACCCUACAGAACGUAGCGGCACAAUUAAACGGAUCCCUUCCUAUUCAAAUCGAAACUGUAUUAAACAACGAGGAAAAUGAAGCAGAUUGUCAACAAAUAAAAUACAAUUUGCAAAUAAAUUUACAAACAUCCCCGUCAUCAAGUCAUAAUGAAUCAAAUGAGAAUGACUCUAAUCUAAAUUCAACUACCAACAUUAUGGACAUUGAUAAUCUGCCUUCUAAUGAAAGUUUAAUUAAUCGAAUAGCCAUCGAAUGGUUGCCAAAGAAAUUUCGAAACAUAGACUUUUAUCCCCUUUUACGUCAAACCUAUCGAGAGUUUUUCACAUUUGACUACGACUUAAUGCCGGACGAGAAUGGUACAGUUCCUAUGGUACUUAAUUUAACCAGUGCUGAACCAGCUGGGUUUGCUUUCGAAUUAGGAGACGUGUAUGACAUUGGUGGCACGUUGUCAUUCGCCAUCUCCAUGAAGCCAGAAAUAGAAAGCGAUGCAACUGAGUUCAAAAAUAUCUUGUCUCUAAAUAAUGAUAAGCGGGAAAAUAUUCCCAAUUUCGGCAAAGAAAGCUCAAAAGAGGGAACAUCUUCCUCAAGUAAUCAGACCAUAAUAGUUUGCAUGCACUUAACAGAGCCAGCGUUGCCCAUUUGGCCGGAUAAAUGCCAGUAUGGUACAGAUUUACUGCCGGCGUCAAGUAUUGUAAACAAUACAGAUUUAAGCUCUAGCACAGGUAUAAUUCACGUCCCAUUUCCGGAAAGUGGACAAUGGUACAUAACAAUGGCGCUUUAUUGUAAUGGUCUUGCAACAGCCCGACGAGCGACUCCUAUUGAUAAUAUAAAACAAUUCCUGAAAUUAAAUAUUAAUUAUUUGUAUAAAAUGAAUCAAACAUGCGCUUGCUCCUCGGACACCAUAAAAUACGCGAAGUGCAUUGCAAGUACCGAUUGCUUAGCGUCAAUGAAUGAAACAGAAAUAUUGGCAGUAAAAGAUUGUUUUUUGGAUCCAAAAUGUACACCCGAUUAUUUAGAUUUGAGUCGCGAAUUUGAAAAUCAACUUAAACUAGCCACAGCGCAGAAUAUUGCUUUAAAAAACUGCAAUACGUCCUUGGUAUUUACAAUAUCAUCAAGUCCUUGUGUGGUUGGCCGUUGUGGACGAUUUGGUCGUUGCUACCACUACAUGUCAGGUGGAUUCGUUUUCUCCACUUGUGUUUGCACAAAAGGCUAUCGGGGAUGGGAUUGUACCGAGGAUAGUCAAGUGCCAUCGAGUAUUUCCAUUCUAACCGCGUCUCUCUUACUUAUUCUCAGCAAUCUUUUAUUUCUUCCCAGCAUUUAUAUUUCUGUACGACGCAACUAUUACACAGAAGCUACUACAUACUUUUUUGCAAUGUUUUUCUCAAUAUUUUAUCAUGCCUGUGAUUCAGGCGAAGAAGAAUAUAGCUUUUGUUUAGUAAAAUUGGGGGUGUUACAAUUUUGUGAUUUUUACUGUGGUCUUCUGUCCAUUUGGGUUACUUUAAUUGCCAUGUCAGGCGUUCGUCAACAAUUCGUCUCAGUAUUACACAUAUUUGGGGCUAUUCUUUUGGCAUUUGGCACAGAGCUUAAUAAGCAGAGCCUGUGGGUAUUCUUAGCGCCGGCACUUACUGGUAUAAUUAUCAUUUCAACCAGUUGGGGAAUCCGUUGUUUCAGCUCACGAAAAUGGUACCCGUUGCCAAGAUAUCUUGCCAUCUAUUUGCCAUUAGGAGCAAUCCUCGUUAUAGUAGGUCUCAUAUGCUAUGCUUUCUUACAAACUAAGCAAAACUAUUACAUUAUCCACUCGAUUUGGCAUAUUCUGAUGGCUUUAAGCAUUCUUUGCUUGUUGCCCUCACGAAAAUACUUAAUCUCAAAAUGCUAGCAUUUCACGUUCUGGGACAUGGUUCAAUCAUUACAAACAAGUUGCCUUGAAAUUGAGUCCAUUUUUUAACCAAGUUUAAAGAAGCUUUGAGUUCGAGCAAGAUUGAGAAGGAUUCCUUCAAUACAAAUGACCACAGACGACAUCAUUUGGUAAGUUAUAUAUAUAUAUAAUAUAUAUAAUUGGCGCUUUGUAACCGCUGAAGCUAUUUUUCGGCCG